AUGGACAUCGCCUUCACAGAAGCCAGCAGCAGCUCCCACGGAAGCACCGACUGGCUGGAUUUUACCCUUGUCACCUGCACAGAAACAGUGACUUUCACUGAAGUGGUGGAAGAAGAGGAGUGGGGAUCCUUUUACUAUUCUUUUAAGACAGAGCAGCUGGUGACUCUUUGGAUUCUCUUUAUUGUCACAAUUGCCGGAAAUGCCAUCGUGCUGUUCUCUACCUGGAAAAGGAAGCGGAAAUCUCGAAUGACCUUCUUCGUCACACAGUUGGCAAUCACAGAUUCAUUCACGGGACUCAUAAACAUAAUGACCGACAUCAUUUGGCGCUACACUGGAGAUUUCGUGGCUCCCGAUCUCGUCUGCAGAGUGGUUCGCUACUUACAGGUGGUGCUUCUAUACGCUUCGACUUACGUCCUCGUAUCACUAAGCAUAGACCGAUAUCAUGCCAUAGUUUAUCCAAUGAAGUUCUUGCAAGGAGAAAGGCAGGCGAAAGUUCUUAUUGGAGUGGCCUGGAGCCUCUCUUUCCUGUUUUCGAUACCGACUCUGAUUAUUUUUGGGAAACGGCAGCUCUCCAACGGGGAAGUGCAAUGCUGGGCGCUCUGGCCCGAUGACUCCUACUGGAUCCCCUACAUGACGGUGGUUGCUUUCCUGGUGUACUUCAUUCCUUUGAUCAUUAUCAGUGUGGUAACGCAUCAAACUGUGGUGACUAUGUUUGCUGAUGGCCAAAUCUCUGCCAGCUACACCAACCGUGGCUUCAUAUCCAGGGCGAAAGUGAAAGCCAUCAAGUACAGCGUUGUAAUUAUUCUUGCGUUUGUUCUCUGUUGGAGCCCCUACUUUCUUUUUGACAUUCUGGACAACUUUAACCUACUUCCUGAGACCAAAGAGCGCUUCUAUGCAUCUGUGAUUAUUCAGAAUCUGCCAGCCUUAAACAGUGCCAUCAAUCCCCUCAUAUACUGCAUCUUCAGCAACCGUCUCUGCCCUCCUUUCGAGUAUCACUCCUUUAUUAUCACUGUUAUUAUCCUCUAA